AUGCCGCCCCUGGCCUGCGGCACAUGGCAUGCGCCGCUCUCGAGGCCUCCGCCUUCUGCUCGGACAGCGCUGCCUUCGAAUCCCAAGCGGCGGCCGGUGAGCUUCGCUUCGGAGCGCUUCGACCCCCGGGAGCCAAAGCCAUCCCCUGACGCCAAGCUGGAGGUGCUUGUGGACGGGGGCGGCCUGGGUGGCCUCCUUUGCGCUGUACUGGCGGCGCAGAUGCAAGGGCGCAAGCGCAUCAGGGUCUACGACGAGCGCUGGGCAGUGAAGGGGAACAAGGUGCAGUGGACCAAGUUGGACAACCGCGUGGUGAACAUCCAAAGCAGCACCUGGAGUAAGCUGCCAGAGGACCUGCGGCAGCGCCUGCCUUUUUCCGAGCAGUGGCCACUGCAGCGGGAGAGCCCUCAGUCCCUGGGCCCGCCCAAAAGCGUUUUGGCGGCGGACCUGCAAGAGGCGGUGCUGAGUUUGGCGCAAGACACGCCAUCCGUGGAGCUGCACGUGGGGAGCCCUUCGCUUGACCUCCUGCAGGAGGACCCCUGCCACGCGGUGGUCUGCGGCCAACACCUCCGGGAGCGCCUCGGCUUCCCCGCGGCCACGGAGGAGCUGCGGAGCCCGCGGCAGGUGGCGGCGCUGCUGGAGGCGAGGUCGAUCUCGCCGAGGCCACAGUGCUGUCCACCGCGCAGCGCCGCUUCGCGCUGA